AUGGGGGUAGAACGGGUGGGGAAGCCCCAGACCGCGUCGGAGGCGCUGACCGCGCUCUGUCCCCACAGGGUCCCGCGUUGCCGGCCGCAGGCCCCGCGCCGCCGGUACCCGCUGCCUGAUGGCCGGCCGGCCGUGCCGCUGUGCUUGCCCGCCGCCCGCUGGGAGGGCGGCUCCCCGCGCAGCGCGCCUUGGGCCCGCCGUGCCGGCCCGCUUCGCAGCCCCGUCACCGUGAGAAUCGCCCCGCCGGCUGCCGGCAUCGCCCGCUCACCGGCUCUAGAGCACCUGGUCUCGCCUCUGGCCUUCCCGGCCACCAGCAGCCCUGACCCGUGCGCGAAGGAGACUGUGCUGAAUGCCAUCAGGGAGAACAGGAAAAGGGCUGUGGAGGAAGAGGAGGAGGAGGACCAGACUUUUGGGAAUGAUCAGGAGAGCAAAAGAAGGCGCCAUGACAGCAGUGGAAGUGGGCAGUCAGCAUUUGAGCCACUGGUAGCCAAUGGUGCCCCUGCUUCUCUCAUACCCAAGCCAGGCUCUCUGAAGAGGGGCCUUAUCUCACAGUGCCCCGAUGACUGCUCCAACAAGAGGUCUCGCACCUCCUCCAUGAGCUCCCUCAACAACACCUAUGCUGGUGGGAUCCCCAGCUCCAUCCGCAACGCCAUUGCCAGCUCCUACAGCUCCAGCCGGGGCCUCACACAGCUGUGGAAGAGAAGUGGUGUGAGCAUGUCCCCUCUGUCCAGCCCAGCGUCCUCCCGCCCCCAGACACCAGAGUGGCCUCUCAAGAAAGCCAGGGAAGAGGAGUCACAUCAUUCCAACGCUUCCACCCCAGUGAAAUCAGACAAGGAGCUGCAGACAGAGAAAGUGGUGGAGUCACCGGUGUGGAAGAAGCAGAAUUCCUUGAGCCCGCCAUCUGCACUGGGGAGCAGUGGGAAGCGCAAACGGAAGAUCCCGUUGCUGUCAUCUCUCCGUGGGGACCAGCUGGUGCUGCCCCCGCCACCUCAGCUGGGCUACUCCAUCACCUCAGAGGACCUGGACGCAGAGAAGAAGGCAGUGCUGCAGUGGUUCAACAGUGUCUUGGAGGAUAAGGCUGAUGUAGUGACCAGCACCGCUUCAGCGAUGAUGUCUGUGUCCAAGCCGCUGGUGUUUGCUGUGACCUCUCCUGGGCCUAUGCCUGCCUCCACAGCUCCUGCUCCGGCCAGCUCCUCACUCCUAGACAGCCUGAAGAAGAUGCAGAGCGGCCAAGCUGUAUCCACAGCACCAGACUCCGCUGGAAUUGCAGCAGUAUCCCAGCCACCUCCGUCAGCUGCACAGCCACCUGCUCCUGCUGUGUCAUUGGAGUCGAGCUCUCUGCCUUCCAUCUCUGCUGAUACCAAGCCUGUGCCUGUAUUGAGCACACCUGGCCCCAGUGCUCCCCCUGCCCUGGCGGUGCAACCCCCCAGCAGCCUGGCGCCUGCUGUGUUCACUGAGCUGGGCCAGACCCCCAGCAAGCCUCCCUCCUUCCCAAAGCCAAGCAUCCUGUUUGGGAUGGUGAGCACUGCUCCAGCCAGCCAGCCAGCACUGACUGCGGCCACUGCCGUGCCCACCAUGGCCGCUGCUGCACCCACUGCAUCCACUGCUGUGCCCACCACGGCCACUGCCAUGCCCACCACAACCCCCGUCUUCAAACCCAUCUUUGGUGCUGUGCCGAAGAGUGAGAAUGCAGCAGUCUGCACGGCUGUCACUUCCAUCACAGCCACCGUGUCUGCAAGCUCAGGCCCUGUCUCAACAUCCUCCACAUCCUCCAUAUUCAAGCCCAUCUUUGGCAGCAUCACUGCAGCUUCAUCUCCAACGAAAGUCUCUCCUUUUGCCUUCAAACCCACUGCACAGCCAGCCUCAGAGCCUCCAGCUGCCUCCACAGCUACUCUGGCAGGAUUCACAGGUCUUCCCAGCGUCAUCUUCACCACUGCAGCGACAACUGCCACCACCCAGAGUUCCUCCACAGAUGCCACCAUUAAACCUGUCUUCAGCUUUGGACUGAAUCCGCCUGGGUCCACUGGCCCUGCCCCCAGUGUGACUGUCACCGCUGCCACCUCCACCAGCACAACACAGCCCUUGCUGUUUGGGGGCCUCACCAGCUCUGCUCCCAGCACAGAAGCCAGCUUUGCCACCUCAGGGCCUGUGUUCCAGUUUGGGAAGCCGCCUCCAGCUACAGCCACUGCCACCACCAGUGUCCCAGGAGGCCCUGCCUUUGGCCAGGUACCUACAAACUCAAUAGCUGCUACCACCACUGUGGGCUUUAGCAUAUUUGGGAGCACUACACUGACCUCCUCUGCCCCAGCCACCACAGCUCAAGCACCGCUGACAUUCGGCUCCUCCGUUUCAGCUUUUGGCAGCUUUUCAGCCAGCACAAAGCCACCACCACCAUACACAGGCACUGGGAGCCAGCUCACCUUCAGCACUGGGGCUGCUGAGAGCCAGGUGCCUGCCAGCAAGCCUGCUGCUGGCCCCAUCAGCUUCACCCCCUCAUUCAGCUUUGGAGCUCCCCCAGCACAGUCAGUGGCUCAGCCAGCAUUUGGCAGUGGUGCCCUGCCAGCCUUCGGCACAACUAGUGCCCAGGGCUCCUUUGGCACCAGCAGCACCCAGGCAGCAUUCGGGACCACCACCUCGGUGUUCUCUUUUGGAACAGCCACCUCCACCACAUCCAGCUUUGGUGCCACCACCCAGACUACAAGCAGCAGCACCAGUGCCACUGUCUUUGGCACCACCCCAUCUCCAUUCACCUUCGGGGCCACCACCCAGCCAGGCCCCUCCACCAGCGCCUUUGGGAUGGGUACGCCGGGCCUGAGCACUGGGUCUCCGGCUGUGGCCUUCAGCUUUGGGGCUGGGCAGAGCGGGGCAGCCCCGGCAGUGACGCCCUUUGGCUCAUCUCUGCCACAGAGUGCCCUGGGAGUACAGGGCCAGAGCACGCCCUUUGCCUUCACCAUGACCAGCACUCCCAACAGCAAGCCUGCAUUUGGAGGAGCUCCAGUGCCCACCUUUGGGCAGGGCACACCUGUCCCUGGAGCUGUGGGCAGUGGAAGCAGCACCCUUUCCUUCAGGACACCCAGCACUCCUGCCUCGAGCUUCGGAGGGGUCGGCACUUCCUUUGGUUCAUCCACUCCCACCUUUUCCAUCGGGGCAGGAUCCAAGAUGGGCACUCGACAACGGCUGCAGGCACGGAGACAGCACACCCGCAAAAAGUAACCCGAGUGCUGCUGGGCUCCACUGGCCCACAUGUGGGGGGCUCUGGCCUGGAGCUGUCCCUAUGGUGGGACCAGGCCCCAUCCCUGACACCCACCAGAGACCAUGCUGGGACGGGAUAAACCAAACUCUUGUUACUUGAACAGUUCCAGAGCCAAGGCUGGACAAAUCUCUGUACAUAUCCGCAAUGUUCUUUCCCUCAAUUUGUUUUGCCUUGUUUAAUAAUGUGUACGUUUCCCCCAUUUGCUUCUAGCUGUUUCUGUGGCCCUGCCCAGCCCUCAGCCAGCCCCAAGGCCAUGUCCUGCUCAGAGCCUGGCUGGCAACAUGGUUCCGAGCUGCUGUCAGACACGGCCUUCACCAGGUCCUGAAAUGUUUCCCAUUGUUCAACCCGUGGCUGGUGAACAUGGUCCCAUGCCUACAGGCAGGGCGGGUUCCAGCCUGGCUCUGUUUUGUGCCCCAAGUGACUGGCAUGGGUGCAGCUGGGUGAUAUCCCUUGCUGGGACCUAAUGUCCUGCUACCUCCAGCUGAGGACAUGCCAUAGCCCGGGACCUGGGCUGGAGGCACAGGGUGGUGAGGAUGGGGGUUCCCCCACCCCUGUUCCGUCUCCACUACUCCCUGGGCCUGUGGGCUGCCCCCACCCUACUCCCCAGUUCUGCUUUAUCCAUGCUUCUGUUCCUGCACUCACUGAAUCGAGUUUGGAGGAAGAACUGAACCGUGUGUGUGGCGGCAUGUUGGUUAUGCCGGAUUUGCUGUUUGGAGUUUUUUUGGGGGGGCACCAGUCCUUGGGGGGAGACGUGCCCCGGCUAAUUGGGUGUUGACAGUAGCAUCACUGCGUGGCUGCUCGUGCUGGGGAGUUGUCCCUUCCAUGUCUGUGACUGAAAGGCAGCUAGGACAGGGGGUUCCAACCAUGGCAGUCACUCCCUCCCUUUCCCUCUCUCCUAGUUCCUCUUCUGCACUUCAGGGGGCUCUGGAAUUUCUGUGAGCAAUUGCUCACAGAAAGAGUCCAGAGCAGAUGCAUUCUCCCUCCCAUCCCAAAGCCAAGUGGUUUUUCAUUUUUCAGUUCAUGUCCAUCCCAGUGAGUUUUACUGGCUCCUAGGAACUGUGGUGCUGCCUCCCCUGUCCCCAUCCAGUCAGGAGUGGGAAUCCCACUCUUCUCUGCCUUGGAGCUUCUGUGGGAAGAGACUGCCAGAGCUGGGGGUCGCCAAAGAGUCACCCCAGCCCUGUCCCUGGUGAGGGAUGGGCACUCCAUUCCCAGGAAUGCUUUGCUGCCGGGUUUUUACUCUCUGAGCCGUGUGAGUGUGUGUGUUUGCUGAGGUCUAAAUUUAAAAAAAA